GUGAGCCCAGCACACAGAUCAUCAGCAGCAUUCAGCAACAAGCCUUGCGUCGCAAACCAAAACCAUCGACCGUCGCAUCGGAGGAGAGGAACCGACUGAGCAGUCUGAGCUAGGAGGAGGUUCGCCGUAGCAAUGGUGAAGACGGCUGCAGCAGGGAGCAACGGCAAUGGCGUCGCGGUGAAGCAGCAGCAGCAGCAGCAGCUUGGAGGCAAGAUGAGGACGUACAAGGGGGUGCGGAUGAGGAGCUGGGGCGCGUGGGUGUCGGAGAUCCGGGCGCCGGGGCAGAAGACGAGGAUAUGGCUCGGCUCCCACUCCACCGCCGAGGCCGCCGCGCGCGCCUACGACGCCGCGCUGCUCUGCCUCAAGGGGGGCGCCGCCGCCGCCGACCUCAACUUCCCCGUGCGCUUCCCCUUCGACCUCCCCGCCGCCGCCAUGUCGCCCAAGUCCAUCCAGCGCGUCGCCGCCGCAGCCGCAGCCGCCGGUGCCGGCGCCAGUGUCGUCGACUUCGCCUGUGCCGACGACAGUGCCAGCGCUGAUGCCGUCGACUUUGCCGGUGCCGACGACGCCAUCACCCCGGACUACUGCAGCUCCUCCAGCAAUGCCUCGCCGGUGAGCUCCCCGGAAACGGCGAGCAGCGGCGGCGCCGCCGACCUCGACGGCGUGGACCUCCUGGGCUACGGUUACAGCCAGUGCUCGCUCGCGGAGAUCGAGGCGUUCUUCCAGUCGCCCAAGUGCAUGGAGUACGCGAUGAUGGACCCGUGCAGCGCGUUCUUCGCUCCGGCGCCGACGGCCAUGGCCAUGGAGGACGAGUGCAGCUGGGAGGAAGAAGGCGACAUUGCGCUCUGGAGCUUCUCAAUGGACUGAAAACUGCAGCCAAGGAAGCCGGAGCACCCAAGAAACUGACAAAUCGUUACUCAAGCGAAGACCACAACUGAACUGGUCAUGCAUGGUGAUAACUAUACUUGAUUUCCUAUACUUAAUUUGAUUCAUUGUACACAGCAACAAUAAGGUAGUUGAGCGUUGUGGGGGGAGCUCUCAUGGAGCUACAUGUUUUAAGGCAGCUUCCAUGGAGUUAACCUCCCUUCAAUUGCUUGUUACAUCCAUGUUAAAAAAAGCUGCUUUGCAAUUGCAAGCAUAUAUUUCUUUUGAAACAA